AUGUCUGACCAGAACAAAGGUCGCAUAGCCAUCAAGUUUGGCGGAGGCAGCAAUUCAGCGUCAGCAGCGAAACAGUCCCGCGCGAAACCGUCAUCGAGUCUAGGGAAGCGGCCGCGCUCCCACGCCUUGGGGGGAGGCGAAUCCGAUACCUCAGAUUCCGAAGAUGACCGCCACCGAGGCCGUCAUGAAGCCAUCACAGGAUUCGGCGCAGAAGGUGCCGAGACGAAACGAAAGCGACAGAAGGAGGAGAAGAAGGAGUACGUCAUUGCACGGCAGCCGAAUCGGAGCUGGAAGGACGAGUUGAAGAGCCAAAGGGGGUCGAAGAACUUACUCCCAGAAGAAGCCAGAGCUCAGCAAAACGCCGUUACAACUGAGACGGAGCCUGCCGACCAGGACACACCGCUGAAAUGGGGAUUGACGAUCAAGGAAAAGAGCGCUGUAUCGGAGGACGUGGUGGUAUCGGAGCCGACUGCUCAGCCCAGCGACGAAGAAAUGCAAGAAGCGAAUCAAGAUGGCAAAGACACGCCACCAGUUGAGCGGACUGCCGACGACGAGGCGAUGGAUGCCCUGCUUGGCAAAAUAUCCAAAGAACAAAAAGUUAUCAGCACUGCACCUGCAACAGAAGACGAUGCCUAUCGCCGCGACGUUGAAUCCUCCGGCGCAGUAUCCACCCUACAAGACUACGAAGAAAUGCCUGUCGAAGAGUUUGGCGCCGCUCUCCUCCGCGGCAUGGGCUGGAACGGCGAGGCUCGCGGCCCUCCUGUCAAGCAAGUCAAGAGGCGACAGAACCGACUUGGUCUUGGCGCCAAGGAGCUCAAGGAAGAGGAAGAUCUCGGCGGGUGGAACCAGAACGGCAAGAAGUCUAGACCACGGUUGAAUGAUUACCGGAGAGAGGAGAGCAAACGAAAGGAAGGCCGGGGACAUGAAGACAGCUAUAAACGAGAGAGGGAGCGCGAGCGCGAUCAGAAAGGGACAGGGAUCGAGAUCGAGAUUAUCGGGAUAGGGAUAGACAUCGCGACAGAGAUCGGGAUCACGACAGGCAUAGGGACCAGCAUCGCGACCAGGACCGGCAUCGCGACCAUGACCGGGACCGUCGACGAUAAAGGGCAGCCUACUGCCAUACAUAUUUUUUAUUCAUCACUCGGUUGAGAGCAAUAGGAUAACGACGACUGGAUCUUUCAUUGCUUUCAACUUUCAUAUGACAAACGAGUACAAAAGGGGAAACGCAUGCAGCAGACAUAUUUGCAUUUACUAUCACAUAGAACGCGCAUCCACGCAUAAUUCUGAAAUCAGAUUUCAUCGCUCAAGCAUUAUUCUGAGCUUUUACAUAUUUACUGAUCAAAUGAUACACUAUUCAGUCGAGAUGUGAACGGCCAUGUACCCGUCUGAUCCAGCA